CGUCCCAACACCCCGGCACCCUCCCCCAUCCAAUCCUCCACCGGAAACCAGAAAUCACCGCCCCCUCCCCCAUCCAUCCUCCGCCGGAAACCAGAAACCACCGCCCCCUCCUCCGUCCAAACGCCGCGCCGGAAACCACCCACCACCUCCUCCUCCACCAAAAAUCACCCACCACCUCCCGCUCCUCCUCCUCCUCCCCCUCUCCGAUGGAGCAGGUUGGCGAGGAGCCACCGCCACCGGUGCGGGUGCGGGUGCCACGCCCUCCACCGUCGCGAGGCACCUGGCUGGAGUUCUUGCGCGCGGUAGCCAAUUCCAUGGGGAUGUCCCUCCGGUGCUUUGUGAUGCGGGUGUGGCGAGUUUCUGGUGUGGCGACCACCACAAACAAGAAGUCCAAGAACUCAGACAAGAAGAACGGUCGGAAGAAGAACAAGAAGAGGGGCAGGAAGAAGAACAAGAAGAAGAAGGCGGAGGCGGAGGAAGACAAAGUGCAGGAGGAGGAUGCGCCCGAGGAUGAGGAGGAUGCGCUCGAGGACGAGGAGGAGGCGGAGGAGGCGGAGGAGGAGGAGGCGGAGGAAGAGGAGGAGGAGGACGAGGACAAGAUCAGGGAAGAAGACGAGAAGCAGGCCAAGGAGGCGCUCGCCAGGCAGAAGAGGAAGGAGGAGGAGGACAAGAUUAGGGAAGAAGAGGAGAAGCAGCAGGCCAAGGAGGCGCUCGCCAGGCAGAAGAGGAAGGAGGAAGCGAUGAGGAAGAAGCAGCUCGCGGCCCAGGAGGUGGAGAGGCAAAGGAAGGAGGACGCCAGGAGGAGGACGCAAGAGGCCUUCGAGACGAGGGAGGAGGCCAUGGAGGAGGCCAAGCGGAGGAAGGAGGACAAGGCCGAGGCUUCCACUGCACGGCGUUCUGCUGCUACCGACCAGUUUCAGCGCCACGUCAAGAGGUUUCACAAGGCCAAGGGAGUUCGAUUUGGAAAGUGCAGCAAGAAGGGCUGCGGUGUCAUAGGCAAGAUGACGGAUAUCGAGCUCCAUCAGCGCUAUUGUCAUGGCAUGGAUUGAGCAAAGAUGAGGCCACUUUGGCGUGCGCUUCUGUAGCUACUCUGUUUUAGUAUUUUUCCCAUGAGCAGUGCGUGUAGUGUGCUCUCAGGAGAACCGUGCUAGUAUGCUCUUUGGAAAAUUUGUAGGAAAAUCUCGUGAGUGGACUUUCGUAACAA